CUCUCUCUCUCUCAUUCAUUCCUACCAUAGGCUCACAUGCCUGCUCUGUUCUCUCUUUCUCUCUCUCAGAAUGACAAUUCUAGGUACAGCUCUUGGUAUGGUUUUCUAUUUACUUCAAGUCGUUUCUGGAGAAAGUGGCUAUGCACAGAAUGGAGACUUUGAAGACGCAGAACUCGACGACUACUCUUUCUCGUGCUACAGCCAGUUGGAAGUGGAUGGACCCCAGCACUUGCUGAGCUGUGCUUUUGAGGACCCAGAUGUCAACAGCACCAAUCUGGAAUUUGAAAUAUGUGAGGGCCUUUUGGAGGUAAAGUGCCUGAAUUUUAGUAAACUGCAAGAGACGUAUUUCAUCAAGACAAAGAAAUUCUUACUGAUUGGAGACAGCACAAUCUGUGUGAAGCUCGGAGGAAAGCACAUAACUUGCCAAAAAAUGAACAUAGUCAAGAGAGUUAAACCUGAGGCCCCUUUUGACGUAAAAGUCAUCUAUCGUGAGGAAGCAAAUGAGUUUGUGGUGACAUUUAAUACAUCGCACUUGCAAAAGAAGUAUGUGAAGGAUUUAUUGCAUGAGGUGGUCUACCGCCUGGAAAAAAAUGAAAAUGAUUGGAUGCAUGUGAAUAUAUCCAGUACAAAGCUGACACUCCUACAGAGAAAGCUACAACCUAAUGCAAUGUAUGAGAUUAAAGUGCGAUCCAUCCCUAAUACCAACUACUUUGAAGGCUUUUGGAGUGAAUGGAGUCCAAGUUCCCACUUCAGAACUCCAGAGAACAACAGCGGGAAGAUGGAUCCUGUUUUACUAAUUAUCAGCAUUGUGAGUUUCUUCUCUGUGGCUCUGAUGGUCAUUUUGGCUUGUGUGUUAUGGAAAAAAAGAAUUAAGCCUAUUGUAUGGCCUAGUCUCCCUGACCAUAAGAAGACUCUGGAACAACUGUGCAAGAAACCAAAAAAGAAUUUGAAUGUGAGUUUCAAUCCUGAAAGUUUCCUGGACUGUCAGAUUCAUAAGGUGGAUGGCAUUCAAGCUAGAGAUGAAGCAGAAGCCUUCCUGCAAGAUACAUUUCCUCCACAACUAGAUGAUUCUGAGAGGCAGAGGCUUGGAGGGGGUGUGCAGGGCCUCAACUGGCCAUCCCAGCAUGCAGUCAUUACCCCAAAAACUUUCGGAGGAGAGUCACCCCUCAGAUGUCUGUCUGGGAGUGUCACUGUAUGUGAUGUCCCUGUAAUCCCCUCCUCCAGGCCCCCAGACUGCAGAGAAGGAGGCAAGAAUGGACCUCAUGUGUACCAGGGCCUGCUGCUUGGUGCUGGAACUACAAACAGCACCCUGCCCCCUUUGUUUCCUUUCCAAUCGGGAAUCCUGACAUUGAACUCUGCGGUUCAGGGACAGCCUCUCUUCACUUCCCUGGGAUCCAGUCAAGAAGAAGCAUAUGUCACCAUGUCCAGCUUCUACCAAAACCAGUGAAUUGUGAGAAACCCAGGACUAAAACUAUCGUGUCCAAAAAAGGUGACUGAGCUCCUACCCUGCCUUGCAGCACAAAGAAGACAAAACUGAUGCAUCCCCUCUAUGUAAUCUACAGGACAGGAUGCUGAAACAUUGCUUUGACCACUCCCUCUCUGUUUCAGUGGAGUUUGGCAUGAAACAGGACUAUUCUGCUUCAGACAACCCAAAUGAUUGAAUUAUUUUGGAAAGAAAAAAGAGGAGGAAAGAGUAAAAGAAAGGAUGGAGGAAAGGAUGGAGGGGUGGAGAAGGCAGAAAGGGAGAAAGAGAUGAAGAAGGAAGGGAGGACAAGAAUGAUAGCUGCCAUUCUUAGGACUUACUCUAUAUUCAGGGUUGUGCUAAGUGCUCUGCACUUUUUGUUUUGCUGCAUGCUCACAAUAAUCCUGGGAGGUGGGUGUAAUUAUAUUAUUAUACUCUUUGUCAUCAGUGAUGAAACUGAGGCUUAAAGUAACUUGUCUGUGUUUCCGACUCAGUGAGGAGUGGUACCCAGAUUUGGUGCCCAGGAGUCAAACUGCAGUGUCCCCCAGCCACCCUUCUUCCACUUAUCUAAGGACUGAUCCAUUCUUGAGCACCAUACCUCACUCAUAACAAGGUGACUGCAUAAUUUACUAUCCAAACUGGGUCAGUUUUGAAAGUGAAAGAGGAAGUUAUAAAUAAUGACUCCAGGACAAGUGUAAACCAGGAGUGUCCCAGACAAAUGGGGACAUAUGGUCACCAAUACUAAGAAAGCUAUGAGGAAGAAAGUUGGGGACAAACUAUCUCCUUAAGUGUGAGUCACCGUGGCCAGCCACAUCUGCAAAAAGCAAAGAAAGCAAGAAAAAGCCAUGAAGCCCUUUUUAUUCAUCUUUCCGAAAACGUACUCGAGGGGGAAUAAACUAGAAGCCUAGAAUUUCUGUUGUUAGUUAUCAAGAGCACGAUCCUCUUCUACUCCCAUCCGGCUGCAUCCAUCCAUGAUAGAAGCCCCUGUAGCCAACCCUGACCACCGGUGUAUUUGAGCCAUGAGUUAAGAGAACAACCUUCUAUGCAUGUAGAGACUGCCCCAACCCAUGUUCAUCCACAACUGUCCAGAGUUCCACAGCCAUGGAUGUGCCCACAGACUGCAGGGAGAAGGAGUCAUAGCACAUACAGUGAGUGAACAGACUGUGGCCAUGUUCUUGAAGAUACAGAGAAGAGACAUGUUAUGUACAUUUGACACGAGUCCUCUUGCAUUUCUUGGUCUAGAUGAAUUGCUAAUGGCUAUCACGAUCUGCAUCCAGGCAGCUGAGCUCAGGGGAAGGCAGCUGACCCCUCUCCCACAGGCCCCCAGACCCGGUGUACCCAGAAUCAGGCAGGGCAGAGGCAGGACACAAAGGUAAUGAAGGACAUAGGUUCAGGGAUUUGUUUUCAGGCUGUUGUUGUUGUUUACAUUUUGCAUUUUUAAAUUUGCUCUCUUUUUAAUUUGUUUAGAGGGAAAGCUAUGUGUUUUUAAUUUUUUAAUUUUCUUGUUUGUUUUGGUUUGUGAUAUCUGUGGAGGGAGUUUUAAGUAGUGAGCUAAUGGACCUUAUCUGUUGGCUUAGAGGCCUAAUAAUAAUCAGACCAUUUUAUUCCUUAUUUGGGUGUUAUACUUUCCAAGUCCUUUCCUCUGAAUCAGUGGUAAUGAAUAUAUUUACAUAAUCCCUUAGAUUUGCUUAGUGCUUUUGUGAUUUUCAAAGCACUUCCAUGAGCAUUAUCCCUUGCAUUCCCUUGACAAGCAUUUAUGGAAAGUCUGCUGUGUGCCAACCAUAGUGUUAGGCAUGGGGCAUCUAAAACAAAUAAGCCUGGGACCCUGCCCUCACAAAACGAAAAAAUCUAACCAAAGAGGCAGGUUUGUAAACAAAUGAUUAUAAUAACACAAAAUGCUAUAAUGGAGUGCCCUGUUGAAAGGGCCCUGUUGAAGACAGCCAGAGAAAAAUGCCACAAAAGUGAUAUCCAGCUGCAUGGAGGAAAAGCAGAGGCUGCCUGGUGUGUAAGUAGAAGGAGACUGUCCCACCCAGGUGGACAUGUGUUCUUGAUCUUUUGUUGAAGUGGGAGCCAAGCCUCGAAGAGGAGCUCAUCACAGGAAACCUCAUGCCCGUCCUUGCUCUCCUGUAUCUCUUUCACAGAGGUCCUAUGAUGUAUUUAUCAUUAUUGUCUUUGGCUGAUGGGGAAACGGGACACAGAGGGGAUGGGUCAGUUACUCAACCUUACAUGUUAAGUCAGGACUGGAAGCCAUAAGUUUGUAUCUCUGAUAUAAGGAGACAACCUCAUGAAGAAAUGAGGAGAUAAGUCUAGAGGAAAAUCAGGGUCCCUCCAGCUCUGAAAUCCUCUGUUUACAUGUUGUUUGGCACAGGUUGUCAUUUGGAUUUACUGUGUGAAUGUCUGUUACUGGAGGCAUUUAAAAUUCAUGUAUGAUACUCUUAUAAUCAUAACUGCUGCUAAUGCUUGAUUAUAUACUCAGGGACAAUGUAUAACGUAAGAUUACAAAUUUGUUCUCACCAACUCCCUUUUGGAUUUCAUUAAGAAAGAAAAACUCCUGGUCAGAGAUAAUGUAUAAAUCAGAGAUGUAAAUGGCUAGUUGUCUAUAGCAUUAAAUGAAGGGAAAACUGAUAAUUAGGCAGUUAAUUUGGUCAAUUAAACAACCAUGUCUGCAUCUAGGGGAGCCUGGCUUAUUUGAUUGAUUUCCUACUAGUCUUUGACUCUCCCUUCAUUCUGGUUUCCAUGGGAAUUUGCUUUAGAAAAGCCAAGUACGGGCUGUUUCACGUGUUCAGACUUGUGUUUUCAUAGCAUUCAUGGCGGGGCUGCAAGGCUUGGAAGUGACCAGGAAGACAGUGAGAACGCGUGGUUGGACAACUGAAAUGAUGCAGAUCAGAUGGCGUUUCUCCCAGCUCAGUGGAUUUUCUUUGGGGUUAUUCUUAAAAAUAUCCAUCACUACACUGGAAGUCCCUGUUCUGACUAUGUACUGUCCACCUGCAUUACAAACAUUCUGCAGAGCUGCUAAGUAUAUACAUAUCCGAUGUGUGUUACAAUCUUGUAUUUAAUUAAAUGCUAUGAAACUGA